AUGCGUUUGUCGUUCGUUAUUACGUGCAUUUCUGUUCUGGCUGAUUCAGCCUCUGCUUUUUCUGUUCCAUGGAGUUCUUCCUCCAAGGAGCAUAAUCCUUUCAUCGGCAAGCGCGAUACCACCGUUGAAUACGACUAUGUAGUCGUCGGUUCUGGGGCAGGUGGUGGCCCUGUCGCCGCCAACCUCGCCGUCGCUGGCUUCAAAGUCCUUCUCAUUGAUGCCGGCGGUGACUCUGGCGAUGACUGGGUUGAGAAGCUUCCCGCCUUACAUCUCAUGUCGACUGAGUUCGAGGACACACGGUGGAACUACUUCGUCAAUCACUACCCUGAUGCCAAGCAACAGAAGAAGGACUCCAAGAUGGUUUACCAGAAGGCCGAUGGUAGCUACUAUGUUGGACUCACCCCGCCUAAAGAUGCAAAGCCUUUGGGUGUUCUUUAUCCUCGUGCUGGUACUCUCGGUGGAUGCACCCGUCACAAUGCCCUCAUCACUAUCGCUGCUCAUGACAGUGACUGGUCUUACAUUGCCAGUCUUACGGGUGAUGACUCUUGGAACCCUGACAACAUGCGCUCUUACUUCGAGAAGAUAGAGAAGAACAUGUAUCUCCCUAGCAGUAUUAUCGGCCACGGCUUCAGUGGCUGGUUGGGCACAUCUCUGACCUCACUGUCCCUGGUAGUUGAGGAUCAGAAGCUUCUGUCCCUGAUCAUCUCUGCUGCUUCGGCAAUGGGUAAGGGCCUUCUGGGCUUCGUCCUGAGCACUGUCGCAGGCCUUGGCCAAGUCUUGCUUCGUGAUCUCAAUGCACCAGGCCAAACCAGCAAGACCGGUCUCUACCAGGUUCCUCUGUCGAUGACUGACAACGUUCGUGGUGGUCCCCGAGACUUUAUCCUCAACACUGCCAAGGCUGUCAACAAAGAUGGAUCCCGCAAGUACCAUCUUGAUAUCAAGCUCAAUACUCUUGUCACCAAGAUCAACUUCGACAAGAGCGGCUCCAAGCCUCGUGCCGUCGGCGUCAACUACAUGCAAGGCGCAAGCCUCUACCGCGCCGAUCCUCGCUCCGGCUCAGCCAAGCCCACUGGUACCGGCAGCGUCAAGGCCAAGCGCGAAGUCAUCAUCUCUGCUGGCUCCUUCAACACUCCUCAACUCCUGAAGCUCAGUGGCAUCGGUCCCAAGAAGGAGCUUGACUCUUUCAAGAUUCCUGUCCUGGUCGAUCUUCCUGGUGUUGGAACCAACAUGCAGGAUCGAUAUGAGAACACUGUUAUUGGUAAGACUGAUAGUGACUUUGUUAUCACAUCGAAGUGUACUUUCCUUGAGACUCUGCCAGACCCUUGCUUGGAGCAGUACAAGAAGGGUCUUGGUCCUAUCACAAAGGGUGUGUAUGGAACCAACGGUAUUGCUAUCGCUAUUAUCCUCAAGUCUUCGGUCGCCGAAGACGAGCCCGAUCUUCUCAUCUCUGGUGCCCCAGCCAAGUUCAAGGGCUACUUCCCCGGCUAUGCCGCUGACUCACUCGCCGACGCCGAGCACUGGGCUUGGAUCAUCCUCAAGGCUCACAGCCGCAACAACGCUGGUACUGUCACUCUCAAGUCAACUGACCCUCGUGACAUGCCCAUCAUCAACUUCAACUACUUUGACACUGGCAUCAACGCCAACGGAGAAGGCGACAAGGAUCUCCAAGCCACAUACGAAGGCUUCGAGUUUGCCCGCAAGGCCUUUGACGACUUGAUCCCUCUUGACGGCGAGUUCCCUGAAGUUUGGCCCGGAAGCCAGACGAACAAUGAGAAGAAGGCGAAACAGUUCCUCAAGGAUGAGGCAUGGGGUCACCAUGCUUCAUGCACUGCUGCUAUCGGUGCUGACGACGAUCCCAUGGCUGUACUGGACUCUGAGUUCAAGGUUCGGGGUACCGAGGGUCUGCGCGUUGUUGAUGCUAGUGUUUUCCCCAAGAUUCCUGGUUUCUAUAUCGCACUUCCUUUGUAUAUUGUUGCCGAGAAGGCUAGCGAUGUGAUUAUCAAGGCGGCGAAAAGUUCUUAG